GUAACCGCUGGCAACCCUAAAACCCUCGGGUAAUGCAGCGCUUACAUUUGUUUCACUUGAUGUCAAAUGACAUCUGUGGCACUCCAAUUUUUUUGAAACAGGUUUUCAAAAUAGUUGAGAAGGUUUUGUACGGCAGUCAAGAAUAAAGGAUGGAUGACCUAGAAAUGCUCAGUGAGAAGAUGACAGUAGCUGGGAGUAUUGUAUACCUGACUGAUGAUGCAGAUUCACCAGACGGAAUGAAGAAAGCAGGAGAUGAAAAAGAACCAAUGCUGAAAGAGGAAGACAGAAGAAAGAGUGAUCCUGGAAUUCUUCCAUCGCCCAUGGCUUGUGCUUCAUUCUUGUCUAAAUAUAUUACAAUGUGGUGGUUAAACAGCCUCCUCAAAAAGGGAUCAAAGCAACCACUGGAAGCCAAAGAUCUAUACGCCAUCUUGGAAGGAGAACAAACUGAGACAGUUACAGAUGCAUUAGAACGUGAAUGGGAAAAGGAAAUGUAUAAAGCUAACCAGCAAGGAAAAUAUCCCAGCUUUCUGUCAGCAUUAAGAAGAACCUUUGGUGUUGGUUAUUCUCUGUUAGGUCUUGUAGCACUUAUGCGUGAAAUUCUCAAAAUAGCUGGACCUAUCUUCUUGGGCCAACUUAUACGCUAUUUUGUGGAAGAUUCUCCCAUCUCAACAGGAGAUGCUUACCUUUAUGCUACUGGUUUAAUUUUGUGCUCUCUGAUGUCAAGUAUGUUCAAUGCCCCUUUCACCUUCAUGUCUCAAGUUUAUGGCAUGAGGAUAAGAGUGGCUUGCACUGGUCUUGUAUAUAGAAAGUCUCUUAAACUUAGCACUGCUGCCCUUCAUGGUACAACUACUGGUAACAUUGUAAACCUGAUAUCCAGUGAUACUCAGAAAUUUGAUUGGACAGCACCUAAUCUGCAUUACUUAAUGAUUGGUCCAGUAAUAGCUGUUAUUGUUUUGGUGGUGCUAUGGUUGCAAAUCGGUCCAUCAGCUCUGGCUGGGAUGGGGUUGAUCUUGUUGUUGGCUGCCAUGCAGCUUAAAAUGGGCAACACUCUCUUCUCAUUCAGGACAAAAGCAAUACACUGGAUGGAUGAACGGGUGAAAGUUAUGAAUGAAAUUAUAGCUGGAAUGCGUGUCAUAAAAAUGUACACAUGGGAAGAUUCAUUUUCAAAUUGGAUCAGACAAAUACGAAAAAGUGAACUUAAGUGGUUUCUGAAGCUGAGUUUCAUUCAAGGAGCCUUCCAGUCAUUUUUCUUUAGCUCAUCAGUUGUUAUUAGUUUUGUGACGUUUAUGACCUAUGUCCUGACUGGGGAAGUUUUAAAGGCACAAACAGUAUUCACCUGCAUAUCUCUGUUCAACAUCAUGCGAGUUGUAAUGGCCCUGCAGUUUCCAAUAGCAAUCACUCUGUUGAAUGAAUGCCGAGUGUCAAUAAAAAGGAUGGAGGAUAUUCUGCUUAUGGAUGAGAUGCAAUCAGAGGGUCUUGUAACCUCAAAAUUGAGACCUAAACUGGAAAACUGCCAUGUUGCUGCCAAAAAUAUCAAAGCUCUUUGGAAUAAGAACUUACAAUCCCCAACUUUGGAAAACGUUUCCUUCAAAGUGUCAAGUGGUGAACUUCUGGGAGUGAUUGGUGCUGUUGGAUCUGGCAAGUCCUCCCUGCUGAUGGUAAUACUGGGUGAACUUCCCUUGACUGAGGGCUCUAUAACAGUAAAAGGAAAAAUUGGCUACUCUUCACAACAGGCUUGGGUAUAUAAUGGCUCACUGCGCCAGAACAUACUCUUUGGGCAGAACUAUGAUGAGGACAAAUUUAAAGAAGUUACUAAAGCUUGUGCUUUGGAUAAGGAUAUUGAAUUGCUCCCAGAUGGUGACAUGACAUUUGUGGGGGAACGAGGAGUGUCACUGAGUGGAGGUCAAAGGGCAAGGGUCAACUUGGCAAGAGCAGUGUAUGCCGACGCAGACAUUUAUUUGAUGGAUGAUCCACUGAGUGCUGUAGAUGCUGACGUCGGUCGACACUUAUUUGAAAAGUGCAUCUGUGGAUAUUUGGCAAAGAAGCCACGCAUCUUAGUAACUCACCAACUGCAGCACAUUGGAGAAGCAGAUGAUAUAAUCGUUUUAGAUAAGGGAAAAGUAGUCAAUAAAGGACCCUAUAAAGAACUCUCUUUAUGUAAAGGAAGUGCAAACAUUAUGGAAUGUUUGAUGAAUCCUGAAACAGAGGCAGGUCGUGAAGUGGAAGCAAAAGAUGCUGAAAGGCUGAUGGUUGCUCGGCAGCUAAGUCGACAGGAAAGCUUCCCAUGCCAUCGCCUAAGUAAAAUUGCUGACAGUAAUUUUUCCAUUGUGUCUGCUGCCACAACAUUUUCUGCUUACGACGACAAUCUACUUCCAGGAGAAGAGAAACAAGAAGGAGCGGUCAGUCCUAAGACGUAUCUGGCAUAUUUCCGUGCUUUACACAAUUUAGGAACUGCGUUUGUUGUUAUUUUCUUGCUUGCUCUCUGUCAGGUAAUAUCAAUGCUGGCGGACUGGUGGUUGUCUUAUUGGUCUAAUACAGAGGAAUCAUACUUCGUCGCUAUAAUGCUUCAGACUGGCAACUCCACGGCGAGUGCUGCAUCAGAACCCGACCGAGGCUUGCUGUUAGGGGUUUAUGGUGGUUUUGUAAUAGGAUUGUUUUUGCUAUGUCUCUUUUCCACUGAGCUGUUCUACACACUAACAGUAGUUGCCUCAAGGAACUUGUACGAAAAAAUGUUAAGUAGUCUUCUGAGGGCACCCAUGUACUUUUUUGACAACAAUUCCAUAGGGCGAAUCUUAAACAGAUUUGCGAAGGACAUUGGAAUGGUAGACGACUUGAUGCCUAUGAUCCUAUGUGAUGUUUUGCAGACCGGUUUAAUGUGUCUUGGCAUUUUAGGACUAGUUGCUGUCAGUAAUCCAGCGACAUUUGUCAUAAUUGUACCUGUGACCAUUGGUUUUGUUUAUUUGAGGAAUUAUUUCAUGAAGUCGUCUCGAGAAAUCAAGCGCAUUGAAGGAAUAAGUCGUAGUCCACUAUUUGGUCAUUUCUCCACUACCCUUCUCGGUCUGGACACUAUACGUGCCUAUGAAGUGGAGGAGACUUUUACAGAACAAGUUAAUGGUUAUCAAGAUGCUCAUUCAAGAGCAUGGUUUUGUUACUUGGCGGGUCAAACGUGGUUGAACUUUAGACUGGAAAUGCUUACUGUUCUGUUUCUAGCCUUUGUUGCUUUUGUAUCUGCAGCUUUAAAAGGAACUGUAGAUCUCAGUGCUGGUGUUGUUGGUCUGACUCUGACGUAUUCAAUCAUGUUAACGUCUGUCUUCCAACCAUUUAUUGAAGGGAGUGCUGAACUUGAAAAUCUUAUGACCUCUGUAGAGCGAAUCGUGGAAUACAUCAACCUUGAAGCUGAAGCUCCAGCCGAAACUGUGACGAAACCUAAAGAUGAUUGGCCAUCUCGUGGACAGAUUGACUUUGAUGAUAUGUCAUUCAGGUAUCACCGCAGCUUACCAGAUGUGCUACAUCACAUCACGUGCACUAUCAAACCCAGUGAAAAGAUUGGUGUAGUGGGUCGGACCGGUGCUGGAAAGUCAUCCCUUAUCUCUACACUGUUCCGCUUGUCAGAACCCCGAGGUAAAAUUGAAAUCGACGGUGUCAAUAUCCAGGAACUUGGGCUGAAAGACUUAAGAAGCAAAUUAUCCAUCAUUCCACAGGAACCGGUGUUGUUUAGUGGUCCUAUGAGAAGAAAUUUGGAUCCAUUUGGAGAACAUCUAGACACUGAAUUGUGGAACGUGUUGGAGGAGGUCCAGUUGAAAAACGCUGUUGAGGAGUUGCCAAACAAGCUAGAUGAAGAGCUGGGAGAAUCAGGCUCAAAUUUCAGUGUUGGUCAGCGGCAGCUUGUGUGCCUGGCACGUGCAAUUUUAAGGCAUAGUCGUAUUUUGGUCAUUGACGAAGCCACUGCUAAUGUUGAUCAGAAGACAGACUCUCUGAUUCAGACCACCAUCCGCGAGAAAUUUAAGCAUUGCACAGUGUUGACGAUAGCUCAUCGUCUCAAUACCAUUAUCGACUCCGACAAAGUACUGGUGUUAGAUGCUGGCCGCCUCAAAGAGUUCGAUGCGCCUUAUGUUCUUCUAAAAAAUCCCCGUGGAAUUUUUUGUCAACUUGUGGAACAAACAGGUCCUGUUGAAGCAAGGAGAUUGUACGAGAUCGCAAGGGAUAAAUAUAACCAACAACAAGUAGCCAUACUAGAAACAGAUGUCAUUAAUGACAACGAAUCACAGGAAGAAAAGAAACCGGAAGUGUCGGUCUCACUGCCACCUGCUGAUGACAGUCAAUCCAUGCCCCUGCCACAGUCUCAUGAUGAGUCACAAAAACCAAAACUCUUGCCUGCAGGUGAAGUUGAACAAGAGCCGGACUUCAAACAUUCACAACUGUCAUCACUAGUACACGUUAAAAUUUAAAAAAAAGAAAAAGUGAUUCACCUUUACCAGAACAAGGGUGCAUGUCAACCUCAGGUUUAGAUUCUUUAGCGGAGUUUCCAGGGCUAAAAAUUGGCGGUCGCACGGUCGCCAGUGGCGAGUUAAAACUGACUAGGGCCACCAAAAGUUAAGGUUUGAACGCCCGAUGUGCGACUACGCUACAGAAUUUCGAAAAAGGUGCAAUGUAAAUUAUGCGAAGUACAAAGUUAAAAAUAAAACUCAAUAUGUAGUUUAAUUGGA